UAAGUACCAACUGGCACUGAUGCGGAUUGAAGCAAGGAGCCGUGACUGUAUGAUGGAUGAUAAUCAGUCGCACCUGCACCAUAAGCCUGGGAAUUCGCGGAGAGAUGGGCACAGGACACCAGGAGCUGCGGGGAACAAUCUGGCCCAAGGCCAGAGUCAAUCCACAUAGAACGAGGGCCAACUGUAGCUUCAUGUUGUUUACUUCUGGAUGUAUGUGCUCUUUCGGUCACCGAUCUGCUUUUAUAGCCAACCGAAAUAUCUGGCCAGGAAUCUCUAUAUUUACGCAGAUGUUUUGAUCAAUGGGUUCGAUCGGUGUAUUACUGCAGCAUAAUUAAAUGGCCAGCCUUUGUGUGGCCACAAAUUCCGCUUGCGUCAUCUUUCCAAAGAUAUUUGUAUAAACUUAAAGCCCUCCAAGCUUCGCUGGCUUCUCUUCUUUGGGAAUGCAUAGCUGCCCUUGGACGAGGCGGUGGCCCACAAAUGGUUGGUCAUCCGUAAAAGGGUGGUUGCAUUUGAAAGUCAAAUGCAAUCUCGGCGUGCUAUAAAAGCAACCUGGUUGGGUUACAAAUGGACAGUCGGUCGGUGAUCGAGUGGCCCAGGUUAGUUACCGUCAUCAUGAAGAUCCUUUUUGCUACCAUGUUGGGCUACUUGCUCCUUGGAUUGCUGCUGUCCCAUGCCAGCUUUGCAACUGCCACAAAUGGAGCGAUUCCAGCAGUGAUUCCGGCAGUGCCCGCUGCUGUUCCUCGCCUGGUUCCCGUGGCCACCAGCCAUCAGUUUGUCACUCGAAACUGGAAUCGAGUUUUCGUGCCCCCCGCCACGGUGGCCACUUAUCCCAACACCUACGUUAAGUACAACGGUGGCUAUCCGGCGUAUCCCGCCUACAAUUACCCAUACUCCGCCACCUAUCCGUACACCUAUCCGUACACCUAUCCCUACUACUAUCCCACUUAUAACGUUGGAUAUGGUUACAAGGGUGUCUGGUGAUCGUUGUACUGGAAAAUGUGCAACGUCAUAGCCUACCUUUAAUAUAUUGUGAUAAUACUCGAUACCAAAUGAUAUUAUAUUAUGAAAUAUAUGACAAAUGUAACCAAAAACUUAA